AUGCAAAUGCGAAGUUAUAUUGGAAUAACUGUUCAUUUUUUUAACGGAACUAAUAUUGAAUCUGGAGUCAUUGGAGUAACCGAACUAGAUGAAAGUCAUACUUCCAAAUAUUUAGGUGAAGUUUUUGUUAAUACAGUAUCAGAAUGGGGCAUUGAAAAAAAUAAUGUAGUGGCUGUAACAACAGAUAGUGGGGCUAACAUAAAAAAAGCAGUAGUUUCCGAAUUUGGAGAAAAACGACAUUUAGCAUGUUUAGCACAUACUAUUAAUUUAAUUGUGGAAAAAGGUAUUAGUAAGACCCAAGAAGAAGAUGCCACAACUAGAGUUAAAAGUGGAGGAGUUCCCCAAUUACUGCAUAAAGUUAGAUGUAUUGUUAAAUACUUUAAAAAAAGUACCAAGGCGUGUGAUGAAUUAAGAAGUGUUCAAAAGUCAGAAGGAGUGUCCGAAGGGAAAUGCAGAAAAUUAAUACUUGACGUACAAACGCGCUGGAACAGCUCAUUUUACAUGGUAGAACGAUUUAUUUCAAUGUCAACUAUUAUUUCAAAUAUUUUACUUUCUCGAACGGGUAAUGAAGUUCCGGAAAUGUUGUCGGCACGAGAUCUUCAGUCUUUAAAAGAAAUCUGUUUGCUACUUGGGAUAAUUGAGAAACUAACAAAGGAGCCAUCAACGGAAAAGUAUGUCAUGUCAAGUAAGAUCAUCCCUGUUAUAGUGUGCACUCAAAAUUUAAUUAAAAACGAGAAACCAGUUUUUAAUAUUGCAAAAAAUUUGCAAAUUAAACUUUUGGAAGAGUUUGCAUACCGGUGUGGGAAGUUGGAAUAUAACCCAAUAUUAUCUAUUUCCACUAUACUUGAUCCAAGGUUUAAAGAUAUAUAUUUUAUAGAACCACAAGCCAAAUCAAAAAUAUUAAAUACACUAGUAAAUUUGAUCGAGGCACAAAACCCAUUUGCAAACAACGAUGAGAUCUGGGAAAAUGAAGUAGAAGAUAAUGUUGAUUCUACUAAUAAUAAUAAUUGCAUUGAUCUUUGGAGCCUACACAGGAGUCUUGAGAAAAAACAAAAAAAUAAAACGAAGUCCGGAUCUCAUGCGAGAGAUGAGAUACAUUCUUAUUUGGAUAAAUCGGUUAUUGGACUCAAAGAAGAUCCGAUUAUUGAAUGGGAAAAUAUCAAAGGAGCUUUUCCAAAUCUAUAUAAACUAGGUAGACAAUAUCUUUUUAUAUCAGCCACAUCAGUACCAUCAGAAAGAUUGUUUAGUAAGACCGGUAACAUUAUGACUAAAAGUAGAAAUAGAAUAUUAGGCUCAAGAUUGUCAAAACUAGUAUUUUUACAAUCAUUAGAUGAUAAGUAUUGGCUCUGA